CGGACAGCGGGCAUCGGGUCACCAGGCAUCAAGUCAUUUGGCUCGACAGCGAGCACCGCGUCAUCUGGCAAGGCAGUGGGCUCCGAGUCAACUGGCAUGACCGCGGGCACCGGGUCAGACAUUGAAUCGUCUGGCUGGACAGCGGGCAUCGGGUCACCAGGCAUCAGGUCAUUUGGCUCGACCGCGGGCACCGCGUCAUCUGGCAAGGCAGUGGGCUCCGAGUCAACUGGUAUGACCGCGGGCACUGGGUCAGACAUUGGAUCGUCUGACUGGACAGCGGGCAUCGGGUCACCUGGCAUCAGGUCAUUUGGCUCGACAGCGGGCACCGCGUCAUCUGGCAAGGCAGUGGGCACCGAGUCACCAGGUACGACAGUGGGCACCGGGUCAUCAGGUACCGGAUUGUCUGGCUCGACAGCGGGCAUCGGGUCAUCAGGCAUCAGGUCAUUUGGCUUGCCAGCGGGCACCGCGUCAUCUGGCAAGGCAGUGGGCACCGAGUCA